CACAAUGUAUAUAUCAAUCCGAACAUUUGAAGAUUGUGGCAGCUGCGAUGCAAGCAAUGCAACCGCCGAUGUGGCCAGCAAGCCUAACAUGACCAAGGUUUUUGCUGUAUAUUGUUUUGUUGAUGGCGUUGCACGGCGUGUGUUGCUUUUGUGUGAGGUGGUAGCGUAGGAAACGACUCGACGUGCCCCCCCAGCCUCUUGUAUUGGGCCUCUCGCCUCUCCACAAAAGCGCCCGCCUCCCCCAUUAUUUAGACUUUGGUCCAGCCACUCGUCAUCUAGAAGACAGCGUCCUGCCUCCCCCAUUCAUUGAAUUCAACAAGUCGGCCAGGCCAGAUCAGACCAGAAUAUAACCCAGCUCCAGAAGGCGCCCCGCGGCAUUUCCCCCCUCCUUCUUACUUCCCCUUCGAUAAUGGGCAUAUUCACCAAACGCCGCUCCCGCGCCAACUCGUAUAUUGAACACGACGGCCCCUCGCGCUCCCUCUCUUACGACGACUACGAGCAGCAGCGCCCGGAAUCCAGCCGUGACAGCGCCGCCAAACACCAGCAGCACGUCCAGGACCCCGUGCAAGACGACGAAAUCAUGUUCCGCCAGCAGCAGCAACAGCAGCAGCAGCAGCAGCAAGCUCACCAUGCCCAGCAGCAGCACCCGCAGGAUCAACAGUACAUGCGGGGCGCCGCAAUCAACUCCGGCAUGAACAGCGCAACCUUGGGCCAGCCCUUGAGCGCCGGAGGUCUGUCUUCGGCCAAAGCGGAGCCCAUGCCCGAUUUGCUGGCACAGGCUUUCAACCAGGCUGUUCGCCCGUACACGGACAAAAUCGAGCAGCUCGAGAGCCAGCUUGCUGAUAUGCAGGCUUGGGUCGAACAGCUCGAGCAACAACGCGCAGAGGUCCAUGCCUGGAUCGACAAGAGAGGACUCCGACCCGAUGUACCCCCCGCCAUCGCGAAGAUCAUGGACACCACCACCCCAGAUGCCGCCGUGACCCUCAAUGCACAGCUCGACCGCAAAAUCACAAUCGUCAAUUUCGAUCUCCACCGCCUGCAGGACGACCUCAAUGACUCCAUCUCUUCGGCCCACUUCGCCUCUGCCAUGCUCAAGUUCCUUCCCGACAUCCAGCGCCUGUCGCUGCUUCCCUCGGGUCCCCGCCAUGCCUUCGACCUUGUACUCAAGCUUGGCGGCAACCUCAACUCGCACGGCGGACUCGACUCAGCCGACGAAGGCGACAUCAACGCCCGCCGCGAAUUCUACGCCCGCCUCGACGCCGCCAUGGUCGAAGUCGUUGGCCGCCGCUUUGGCGAGGGCGAGGAGUGGAACGUGAGCAGGGAAAUCAAGCGCAUCGAGAAGACGGCCCAGUACCUCGUCACUUUCGGAGUGAAACCCUACUUCCCCGAGACCCUGGAGCUCAUGAGGCGCGAGAUGGAUUACCGUCAGGGAGGGGGAGGCAACCAGGGCAGUAACGUGCCCAAUGGCGUGCCAAACGGCCAGCAAGGGUCGCCGCCGCGUGAAUCGUCGGUGGUCCCGGUGUCGUCUUCAUCGUCGUCGACACCAAGGGACGUUACGAGUCCGCUCAAGAGGAAGGUCGUGACUUUCAUCUGA